CGUUUUUCGCGUCCGUGUCCAAUCGUCAAUGACUACCGAGACUUUUCAAAUUUAAACCGUAAAAUCGAUCAACUGUCGUCGAUCUCCUUUGCGAGAAUAUAACAGCCAGGCCGGAUUUACGAGAUACGCACACGUUGAAGUGAUGAAGGACUGUUGAAUUGUUCAUCCCAUGAUUUACCAUCAGACCGUGGUCGUUCGUGAUCCAGCCAGGAACAAAGGACGCAACGAUGUUUACGCCAAUCAAGCCCGCGGGCAUUGGCGUGCUGAAUGAUACGAUAUUAAAUACACCGCAGCCACAAGCAACGUCGACCGUUCAACGAAAAAGCACUUUGGAGAGUAGAUAUUGCAGUGGAGACUUCAGUAAAGAGAAACAAGAAAAGAGAGAAAAGCAAGUAUCUAAUGAAAGUCCAACAGAUGAUACAGAUAAUUCCUCACUGGGUCUUCUUGAUAACAUGUCAGUUCUUACAAAUCUUAGCAUAGCAGAUGAGGGACAAAAAAUGAAUUCUACUAACACAAAUAAAGAGCUUGAAUAUGCCAGAAAAAUUCUUCAGAGGUGCAGCGGUGGAAAGAAUUCUUCUAUGGCUAUAGACAUGAAUAAAGAGAAUAAUGUAAAUGUACAAAAUAUAACAGGUAUUUUGCCUGUUUCAAGUUUUGUUUUGUCAAAUAAAAUUUGUGCUCUUGAUAAGGACCAAGAAUGUAAUGUGGAUUAUUUGGAUAAGGAAAACACAACUAAUAUUACUUUUGAGCCUAAUGAAAUGUCAGCACGUUCAUCUAUUGUAAAUAAUGCUGAAAGAGAACAGUCUCUCUUAAACAUACUUUCUAGUGGCAUUAACAUAAAUAGCUUCAUAAACGACUUCACAGCACAAUUACACAAAGAACUUGAUACUGAAGAAUUUCUAUCAGACUCACAAGUACCUAACCAAAUAUCAAUUGAUGAGGCACACUGGUUACAAGAUAACAUAUAUGCCAUGCCAGUUACGAGUACCGAUAAACAGGAAUUAGAUUGCUCGACCUUCUCCGGUAUUUUGGAGCCGGUUGAUUUGUCGAUAGCAUCUUGUGCUGGAAGAAAGGUAUCUGUCGGUCAAUAUUUCAAACGUAAAUGUGACAUGGAAAUAUUGGAAAAUAAUGCUAGAUUAAAACCAAAUUUUGAUGUCACCUCAGGAACUCCCAUGAGAAGGGGUAACUUGAGAUCAGUGAUUGACUCGACAAAUGUAAUAAUGCCACCAACAAUAGAGCCAAAAGAGAAGAAAGAACAGACAUACAUCUCAACGACAGUUGAUAUGGGUGAAAAUAGUAUCUUAAGUUUAAGCACUAUUGCCAAUACCUUGCAAGAUGUUAAUAGCGAAACGCCACGGCGACUGGUCGAUCAACUUUUAAUGGCACAAAAAAAGAAGAAAUAUCUUAUAGAAGAAAAUUCAAGAAAAGAAACCUACACAUUGCCCUUAGACAGGAAGUCUAUGUUAGCAGCAACUACUACAAAUCCCAAUAAAUUUGACGAUGAUAAUAGUCAAGUGAAUCUCACAAAAAAAUUGUCACUGGAUAGUAAAACUAUAAAUGAAGCGGAAAAGAUCGUAAAAACGCUGUCAUUUACUCCAAGUAGAAGUGUAAAAGUAGCUGAAUCCUUCGAGAGUGCAUAUGAAGUAUUAAAAGAAAACGUAAAUGACAGAACUGCAACUUUUUCGGGUAACAAAGAUGCAGCUCAAAUAUCAGUCACAGAUUUUAAAUUUCCCUUACAACAUUUGACAUUGUCUCGAUCAUCCAAUGACAAGUUGAAUGUGUCCUCCUGCGUACCAUCUACAAUGGAUAUUAAAAAUUACGAUGAAAGCUACAAUGAUUUGAAUAUACAGGAGAUAGACAAAAAAGAAACAAAAGUAGAUGUUGAUAGUACAAUGGACACACUGUUCACUGAGAAAGUGAAAACUGAAACGCAGAUUAAUUUAAACAAUGAUGUAAUCAUUAGCAAAAAUACAGAACAUUUAUGUAAUUGCAUUAUUGGCAUGACAUGUAAAGCUAAUAUAGAACUUGUAAAUAGAGGAGACAGAUGGAUCACAUGCACUUUGAAAUUGAGUGAAGUGCGAGGAGAUCAACAAAAUAUUGCAUUAAGUAUUCCUGAAGAUAGGAUUUUGAUAGGGCCUAACAAUGUCCAAUCUACAAAAAUCGAAGUUAAAGUAACAAAAAUGUGUAAGCCAAUCAUCGCGGUAUUACAUAUAAUUAUAUCUGAAGUAGUUUCGGUAGUGAAACCGAAAUGGUUGACACAUAUGAUCUGCUUUAAACCGGAAGAACUUGAACUCGAUAUCAUAUGCAACUCGCAGGACAAACAGGAAUUGGAUUUUCAAUAUAUCGUAGAGAAUACAGCAAAAGUUUUACCUAUAAUAUUUCAUAAUAAGAACAAUAUCAAUGUACCUAUUAAGUUCUCUGUAUUACAGGAAGGACCAAAAAUAUUCAGUAUUGAUGGUUCUUUUAAUGGACCAAUAAAACUGAACGAAUCUCGUGACGAAUUAACUCACUUAGUACUUAAGCCUCAGGAAAAAUUCACUGCUAAUAUAAAGUGCGAGAGGUCGCAAUCUACGUUAAUGGAUUGUUCGCAAAAACAACCGCAGUAUUGGAAAAGUAAGUUGAUUGUAUAUGUGCAAUGUGGCGACGGAGCAAUAUUAUCUCUGAAAGAAGUGCCCCUCUAUGCGCAACCAGGCACUUGUAAGAUCCAAAUUAUCGACACAGAUGUGCCUGUAAUUGUUUCAAGACAGCACGGAAAAUUACUGCACAUCGUUAAUUCGGGAAAUGUUGCGACGCGCGUGUCUGCGACUGUCGUGCCAAUGGAAGGAUAUCCGAAAACGGCGCAAGAGUUUUUUAUAAAACCAGGUGACAUAUCUUUACAAACUGGAGAGAGAGGUUCAUUUUCGAUUACGUAUAAGUCACAGAUUCCUGACGCGAGGAACACAAUCGAAGAGAGGCAUGCAAAGAUAAAAUUAGUUGCCGGUAACAAUGUAUACUAUUACAUCGUAAGUACUGAACAGAAACCGUCAGAAUCGGAAAAUGAAAAUUAUCUACGUUGCGAUACGCCUUGUAACUUGGUAUCUACGAGUACCCCGACAUCGCCGCAAAGUGUAACCUCUAGUAGAUCUCCUGGAACUCAUCAAGAUAGAAAUUCACCGAAUAGUGUAGUGUCCAGUGUAACGGGGAGUACGAUUCCAAUCAGAGCGACACAUGCCGCUCUGGUGUGGAACAGCGUGAAAACGAGUAAGAGCGAAAUCAAGGAAUUUACAAUUCGUAAUACGAGCAAUUACAAGAUUAAGAUCCAAAUAGACAUAUGGGACGACAGUAAGAGCUUUAAGUUCCUUGGAGCAGAUAGACAGACUAUGAAUACAAGCAUGAUACUGGCGAUGCAACGCACAGAAAGCAAAACACUUGCGGUCAUGUUCAAUCCGUUUCGUGUGGGUCCAGUGGCCGGAAAGAUUACUAUCAAACAUCACGCGCCUACAAAGGAGGGUCAUGAGUCUCAAUACAAAAGGAUACCCUUGUAUGGAUACGGUGGCUGUUGUGGUAAGAUGAAAAUCUCGAAUACGUUUAAAGAUGCGAGCGGGAAGAUAUGGUUGGCGCUUGGUACUUUGUCGUCUGGGACCAUAGUUCUGGAAAAGAACAUCAGAUUGCAAAAUACUGGUGACUUGUGCGCAUUUGCCAAGAUCAAAGUUAUACCAAAAGUUAUUUCCUCUAAAAUGGAUUCAAAUUGGCACGUAAAUCCGACGGAACUAAUACUCAAUUCUAAAGAGUCUUGUCAAGUGUCGAUAAAAUUCUAUCCCAAAAAGGAGGACUUUGCGAUAUUACAACAUUGCGUUGCAGAUGUAUCACACAUUGUCGCGACGUUAAACAUCGUUUACGGGGAUGAACCGACUCGCUGGCGGAUACGCAGAUUAUAUAAUAAAAUAAAAGAGUCAGAUGAGUUGUCCCGAAAUGAAAACGAAACUUUCAGAAACGUCGUGCAUCCUAUUUGUAGAACUUUCCCUGGGGAGCAAUUAAUAUCUGGCUUAACAUCGAUACGUGACCCUAUUCAAAGCCUAAAUGACCUUUGCAUGGGAGUUCAGCAGCAUGAAAUAAAUCUCACAGUGGAGGGUUGUGCAGACGAUACUUUGCCCAUUCUUCAGGACAAUGACGAUGAAUCACAAUUAUAUUAUUCUCUAAUAAGUGACGACAGUCACACAGACGAAGUGGGUGGAGCAAGUUUUUUCUCUUCUCAAACCAUAGGAGGAUACGAAGCUCCAUAUCGCGCCUCCCAGGAAGAUAAUUUCAUCGUAAAUCCGUCCACCGUCACUCUAAAUCCCCCGAUAUGCAAUGAGAAUACAGUGACCAUCUUCAGUUUCUUCAAAGCAGCCCAGCCAUUUCAGACCAACCUGAACUCAAAUUAUCUCAGCGUUGUUCCCGCAGAAGGAACGUUCCCUAGCAAGGGACUUUUUACACUGAAAAUACAAUGUUCGCAAAGAAUUGAACGUAAUAUUCAGGAUGUACUGGAGAUUUACACAGAGAAUCAUAAACAGGAUGUGUUGAUCAAAGUUAAUGUAAAAACAAGGUAAUCAAAAGUGUUUCGUAAUAUAAUCAGAAUAUUUAUUUCUCGAUUCUCGUUGCUGCAAUCGAUGAAUUUUAUAAAAACAAUAUUUUUUAUUAAUACAUAACCAAUUUUUUACAAA